AUUCCGUACUUGCGCGGGAAGCUUCCCCGAGACAUUUGCCUCCGUCGGUCCCCCCGCGGUCCCCGCCACCGCACCGCCGCCGCUCGCCACUUGCUGUUCCUAUUUUCGCGCCCUAGAAAAGCUUCCAUUCUCCUCCUCCUUCUCUUCGUCCUCGUCUUUCGCCUUCGCCUUCUUCCACUCCACCACCAAUCUCUCAGAAACCCGAUUCAACGGCAGCAAUGUCCUCGCAGAAGCCCAGGCCCUCCCUCUACCCGGAGGUGAUCGACUCCGGGAUCCACCCCAACCCUAACCCUGGCACCUCCGCGUCCUCCAACCUGUACCCUUCCUUUGACAUGAAGGACAUGGUCGAGAACCUCUUCCCGGAAGGCCAUUCCGCUCCCCACCACCAAGUCCACGCUUACGAUGACCCACGAUCCCCUUCCGCCCCUCCCGAAUCCACCGAGGAGACCCUGAUCCGGGUCCCCGGCGUCAUGCUCCACCUCAUCGACAAGGAGUACAGCGUCGAGCUCGCCUGCGGUGACCUCACCAUCACGGUGCUCCGCCAGGGGGUGAACACCGUGGCCGUCCUCGCCCAGGUGGCGGACGAGAUUCAGUGGCCGCUUACCAAGGACGAGGUGGGCGUCCGGGUCGAUGAAUCGCACUAUUUCUUCUCCCUCUGCAGCUCGGGUAAGGCCAAGUCCGUGUCUAGCUCGAGCGACGAGGAUGAAGGCAGAGUCAAGAAGCGAAAGGCUUACGCUGACGCUCUGUUGAGCUACGGGCUAACGAUCGCAUCGAAAGGGCAGGAGGGUUUGUUGAAGGAGCUCGAUGCCAUUCUGGAUAAAUACAGCAGCUUCUCAGUCCAGAAGGUCUCGGAGAAGGCGAAGAAAGUGGAAGUCUUGGACUCCUCACUGGUGAAGGACACUACUCCAGCUGAAUUAGAAUCGAGCGGGAAGAAGAAGGAGAUGAUCGAGGAGCAAUCUGCGGCGUACUGGACUACUUUGGCCCCGAACGUGGAGGACUACAGCGGGAUCACUGCAAAGCUGAUCGCUGCGGGUUCAGGGCAGCUCAUUCGGGGCAUUCUUUGGUGUGGGGAUGUGACUGUGGAGAGGUUGAAAUGGGGCAAUGAGGUGCUAAAGAAGAAGAUGAGCCAUUCGGAGAAACGAGAGAUCAGUCCACAGACGCUGAAGAGAAUCAAAAGAGCAAAGAAGAUGACAAAGAUGACGCGGAAGGUGGCUACCGGAGUCCUCUCAGGGGUUGUUGGAGUCUCAGGAUUCUUCACAAGCAAAGUUGCGAAUUCAUCAGCUGGCAAGAAGUUUUUUGGGAUGCUUCCUGGGGAAAUUGUGCUUGCUUCCCUUGAUGGAUUUAGCAAGGUCUGUGAUGCAGUUGAAGUUGCCGGAAAGAACGUAAUGUCCACAUCAUCUACUGUGACCACUGGACUUGUAUCCCACAGGUAUGGGGAAGAAGCGGGUCGAGCAGCUAGUGAAGGGCUCGAUGCCGCAGGACACGCGGUGGGAACCGCAUGGGCUGUUUUUAAGAUCCGACAGGCACUUAACCCAAAGAGUGUUAUCAAACCAUCCAGUCUCGCCAAGUCUGCCGCCAAGGCAGCUGCUGCUGAGGCCAAGUCUAAGGCAAAGAAGUCCAAGUGAUCGCUCUUGGGUAACAAUUAGAUUAUAGAAGUCCGAGUGAUUGUGCUUGGGCUUUUGGGGUGUUCGCUGGCCCUGUUGAGUCAAUUAACUGUAAGCUUAUGCAUUGGUAUUCUUUAAUUUGUGGUGUAUAGUUGGCUAUGCCAGUGUUGCUAGUUAGUUAAAUUAUUUUAUUGAUGCUUGAAUAUUUUUCGAUAUUGUCCUCUUGGUCAGAAUAACUGAACUGUACAAAGUUCCAGUAUGCUGUUUCGUGUCUAUAGAUUGGUUCAUAGAAUUAUCUCUGUCUGAUGAUUAUAUUGACGAAUUUUGCACCUGAGAUUCUCUCGGGCUGUUUCUUGGGGACCCAUCGCCUUUGCAAAUCGCAUGUGAGUUGCUGCAUUUAACACUUAUAGAAUUCAUCCUCAAAAAUCUAUGCAAGUCUUUAGCACACUAUGUCAUGCAAUCAUCAAGACUUUGUGGAUAAUAGUUGAUAUUAUACUACUGCCAAUCUUCCAUAUGUAUGAUGUGGUUCGCACUAGAAACGGGUUGAGUUUCGUCCUAUUAAUCCUAGUGUUGAACUACAGCCUGAAGGGUGAAGGCAAUUGUAGGACAGCUCAAGCCAUUUCUGUCAGCAUCAAGAGAGCAGAAACUUUUUUGCAGCCAAUGAGGUAUGCCUUUGUCUCGUAUUCUCUAGCAAAUCUGCGCGUUGAUGGUUGCUUUCAAUGCUUUGGCAUCGUCGACUGUGAUCAGUUUGGAUAGUAAUUUAACAUAGCCACAGAAGAUUUCUUUAUAUUGAUAUUUCUGUGAGCUUGGUAGAUCAUGAAAUGGUGGCUUCCUGUUGUUCUGAUGUUUGACAUCACAGUUCUUGCUUUUUCUGCAUAAUUAAGCAAAAGAAUUAUUGAAAUGUGUCAUGUUCAUCUUUUCACCUUAUUGUCAUUGUCCAUGUAGUGACCUCUCUGGAGUUAGGUCAUGUUAGGUUUCGUUUAGUCAUUAGCGUAUGAUGAAACAUGGGGAUCAAAGCCUACAGCCGAAACCUGACAAAAGUCGUGAAUCAACGGUUGUAAGAUUGCAUGCAACCUUCUAUUAGGGUGUGCACUGGUACUGGUUAUGCCUUUAACCUGAGCCCGUAUAACCUCUACUCUCCAUGGAUUUGGUGAACGUAUUGUUUACGAAUGAUCAAGACGACUGCCAUCAAUUUUGGAUAACUUCUAUCAGCGUCAGGAUGCCCACUUGGUAUGAUGAUUCAUUUUAAAUAUCUAUGCGUUGCAAGUUGUGUUAGGCUUUUGGUUCAGGUGAAUUCAAUUCAAUAUGUUGGGGUAAAACUUUAUAAUAGUGCGGCUUCCACUCUGGGACUGAGCAGCCAUUAGAUACCAUACCCAAUGAGCUCAGUGAAUUCUAUAUGCAGAGCCCACUAAGCCAGUAGAUGAAGAAGAAGAUGAAGAGGAAGAAGAAGUGGGUCUGGUGGCUCUCUUGGAGAUUGCGAGGUGUACUCCACUUCUGGAGCCAAUAGAAAAUGCGACCCACUUUGCAUUAUAUAUAUAUAUAUAUAUAUUUUUUUUUUUUUCUUUUCUCUCUUUACUUAUUAUUAUAUAUUGAUAUAUAAGAUUAAGUCCGUCUAACGUGAUGGGGGGUCAUCGUGACAUAUUUGAUUCUUUUUUGGUGUAAACAUUGGUAUCUGGAAGCCCAAUUGGAUCCCGACUAAUCCAAUCGAGCCAAGAAAGGUCUUAAGUACUUCUAGUGUUGAUUUUAUCCAUUCAUAAUACUCGAAUUCAAGAUCUUACUUAA